AUGGCUAUGUUGAGUUUGCAUCUUCUAAAGAAGCAGAGCAGGUACGAAGACUACCUUGCACGAGAAAACCGUUUGAUCCAAGAAGAUGAGGCUGUGGAGGAAGGUUUUGAUGAAACUUGUGAUUUUGCCGAGGAAGUAGCCUUAAGAAAAAAUAGAAUCUUUGUUUAUAAUCUCCCUCCCAGAAUAAGAAAAAAUAAUCGCAUCCUUUACUACAAAAAUGUUGGAGAAGUUCGUCGUGUUCGUCUUGUUGUAAACCGCGAGGGUGAGCAUGUGGGCUGUGCCUUUGUUGAGUUUGCUUCUGCUGAGGAAGCAAAGAAGGCGCUGAUGCACGAGAGUAAAACUCUGAUUAUUCUUUCCGACGUGGUUGAGAUGGCUCCAUACCCUAUCCAAGUAAAUUGA